UGGCCGCGGUGGAGAUGCAGAGCUCCGUGGCCGUGCAGGAGAGGGGGGCAGCUGGGCUGAACAGCUCCGCGGUGUCCAGGGUGGAGAGCUCCGGGGACAGAGGAGCAGCGGGGCGGGCGGGCUGCCCCGGCCGCUGUCGGUGCGAGGUGGACGGGCUGCUGCACCGCGUGGACUGCUCGGACCUGGGGCUCCGGGAGAUACCGAGCAACCUGAGCGUCUUCACUUCUUACCUUGAUCUCAGUAUGAACAAUCUGACUGUGCUGUCCAGCGGAGCGCUGAGCAACCUGCACUUCCUGGAGGAGCUGCGUCUGGCGGGAAACGAUCUGUCAUUCAUCCCCAGAGGAGCGUUCACCGGCCUCUACAACCUCAAAGUGCUGAUGCUUCAGAACAACCAGCUGAUGUCUGUUCCUGUGGAGGCCUUCAGCAAGCUGCACAACCUGCAGUCACUCCGCCUGGACGCCAAUCAAAUCUCCAGCGUUCCCAUUGGCUGUUUCUCCGGCCUGCGCUCGCUGCGUCACCUGUGGUUGGACGAUAACUCCCUGACGGAGGUGCCGGCGGAGGCCCUGAGCGAGCUGCCCGCCCUGCAGGCCAUGACGCUCGCCCUCAACCACAUCAGCCACGUCCCAGAUCACGCAUUCAGCAAACUGGGCCGCCUGGUGGUGCUGCAUCUCAACAACAAUAGGAUCGUUUCCAUGGGAACAAACUGCUUCCACGGACUCCACAGUUUGGAGACGCUGGAUUUGAACUACAACAGUCUGGUGGAGUUUCCGACGGCCGUGCGCUCGCUCAGCCACCUGAAGGAACUUGGUUUUCACAGUAACAACAUCCAGUCGAUCCCGGAGCACGCCUUCACUGGGACGCCCUCUCUCAUCACCAUAUUCUUCUACGACAACCCGAUCCAGUCAGUCGGACGAUCGGCCUUCCAGCACCUUCCAGAGCUGCGGACACUCUCUCUGAACGGAGCUGCAGAUCUCACCGAGUUCCCAGAUCUGACGGGAACCAAGAGCCUGGAGAGCCUGACUAUCACAGGAGCCCGGAUCACCUCUCUGCCCAGUUCAGUGUGUGAGCAGCUUCCAAACCUUCAGCUGCUGGAUCUCUCCUAUAAUCAGAUCCAGACUCUUCCCAGCUUCUCCGGCUGCGAGAGCGUCCAGAAGAUUGAUCUGCACCAUAACGAGAUCGAGGAGCUGGAGGAGAACACCUUCCACGGUCUGAUGUCACUCCGCGCUCUAGAUUUGUCGUGGAACAGAUUGUCCUCGGUGAAGCCGAACUGUUUCUCAGCUCUGCCGGCUCUCACCAAACUUGACCUGUCGUCCAAUCAGCUGUCGUCUCUGCCUCUGAUUGGUCUGCAGAGUUUAACUCACCUGCGAUUGGCUGGAAACACAAAGCUGAUGCAGUUACUACCACGAGAGAACCUGCCCCGUGUCAGGGUGAUGGAGCUUCCUUACGCCUUCCAGUGCUGUGCCUUCGUCUCCUGUGAGAGGAGAGGAGGAGGAGGAGGAGGAGGAGGAGGAGGAGGAGGAGGAGCAUCCUGGGAGAGAGAGGAGGCAGCAGAAACCUCCGUCCUCUCCAGCCAAGCAGAUCAGGACUGGGAGGACUUUCUGAUGGAGUUUGAUGAUGAACCUAAACUUCAACACUCUGUCCACUGCAGCCCUGCACCAGGCCCGUUCCGGCCGUGUCUCCAUCUGCUCGGCAGCUGGUUGAUCCGUGGGGGGGUGUGGCUCAUCGCAGCUCUCUCAUUGGUCAGCAACAGCCUGGUCGUCCUGUCAGUCUUCUUCUCCCCCGGCGCCUCCCUGACUCCACCCAAACUGCUGAUUGGUCUGCUGGCCCUGGUGAACGGCCUGAUGGGAGUGUGGAGCGGGUGGCUGGCGGCGGUGGACGCCUGGACGUUUGGCAGCUUCUGGAGGUACGGGGCGCGGUGGGAGAGCAGCUUCCUGUGUCGCCUCAGCGGCUUCCUGUGUGUGUUUGCGUCGCAGACCGGCCUCUUCCUGCUCACCGUCGCAGCUCUGGAGCGAUGCCUGGCCGCCGCCGCACGCCGCCACAAACCUGACGGACACGGUGGUCACUCUUCGUCUCCGCUCUCCGUCCGUCUGGCGGUCUGUCUGUGCUUCCUGUUGGGCCUGGCCGUCACGCUGCCCCCCCUGGUGGCCGGACACAGCAGCACCUCCCUCUGUCUGCCGCUGCCUUCCUCCUCCUCCCCCUCCUCCUCCUCCUCCCUGGCCUUCUCCGUCUCCCUGGUGCUCCUCGACUCGCUGUGCUUCCUCCUCAUGACGCUCGCUUACACUCGCCUCUACUGUCGGGCCAACAAAGCUCCGCCCGCCGCUGAGGAGGAGGUGAUGCUGACUCGACAUGUAGCCUGGCUGCUCUUCUCCGACUGCCUCCUCUACCUCCCCGUCGCCUUCCUCUCCUUCUCCUCUCUGCUGCGCCUCUCCGCCGCUGGGCCGGAGGCGGCGAAGGCGGUGCUGCUGCUCGUGGCGCCGCUGCCGGCCUGCGUCAACCCGCUGCUCUACAUCCUCUUCAACCCGCUCGCUCGGCAGGAGCUGGCAGCGCUGGCUAAACGCACCUGCGGGGCAGCGGCGGUGCCCAGACUCUGCAGAGGAGGAGGAGGAGGAAGGUCGAAGCCGGUCACUAUGGAUACGACGUACGACGAGGAUGCGGAGAAACAGUCUUGUGACUCCACGCAGGCGCUGGUGGCAGUUGGAGGCACGAAGGGGGAAGAGGAGGAAACAGGAAGGAGCGAAACACAUUCAGUGUUUGUUGUUCCUCAUCAAUAGACUAAAACACACACACACACACACACACACACACACACACACACACACACACACACACACACACACACACACACACACACAGGUCCUGGUUACGUUUCAUCUCUGACCCUGUUUCAUGAAGAGUUCCUGUUUUAAAAUCUAGUUUUCAGACGAUGAAGACUUUUGGCAGGCGAGUGAAAGACCGGCACACUUUCCUCUUUACGUUCAGUACGUCCUGCAGCUGAUCCAACACGUUUACAAACAACCUCCUGCUCUUACAUCCCCAGUGCAAAGGAUUGUGGGUCUGAGAAGCCUGCUGGUGUGUGUUCUGGACAGACUCAGUAUUUUCCUAGUGCAGGUGUUGGAAUGCAGCGUAUGUCCACUCCGCUUGACCUCGAUGGAAAACGUCAUGAGGUCAGAGAAAGAAUCCAUGAGGACUUUAGAGGAUCCAGUAUACAACGUUGUUCACGUGGGUCGCUUUAAAUGUUGCUGCCGCAAGGAAUUGUGGGACAUAACGGAUGGUGGAGUGCUAUGACCCGUUCCUCUGCUCUGCACUUAAUAUGUAACUUCACUUCGUUAGAAACCUUCAGAAGAGGAAAACACUUCGACCACAGCCAAAGACUUUGGACACACACACACACACACAUACACACACACACACACACACACACACACACACACACACACACACACACACACACACACUGCAGACUGAUGGGACUGUGGUGUAGCAGAGACCAGAACAGUCGAAAAAUCGUUCAAACGUUGAUGAUAGAAAUAAAUGUAAAGAA